AUGACAGGCGCAAAGGCUGAGGGGGCUAGUCAGGGCCCUGGCAUCGGGGAAAAGAUCAAGCUCCCCUUUCGAGAGCUCAAGGAGAAGCUAAAUCUGCACGAGGCCAAAGUGCAAUUAAUCCACAAAAAGCACACGAUCGGCAAGUUCGCCAACUUGUUCAACCCUGAGCAUCGCCAUGACGAGGAACACGAGAAGGCAUGUGAUGAGAAACGCACCAAGAUCGCUGAGUCGCACCGCUUUCAGUCAUAUUUCCCUGAGCGAGAUGGGAACAUGAUCAAGUGGUAUGUCGACGGCCGGGAUUACUUCUGGGCAGUAUCAGAAGCCCUCGAACAAGCCGAGGAAACCAUCUACAUCGCCGACUGGUGGUUAUCCCCCGAGCUCUUCCUCCGUCGCCCGCCCUACUACAACCAAGAAUGGCGACUCGACCAAGUCCUAAAACGCCGAGCCGAAGCCGGCGUCAAGAUCUACAUCAUCGUCUACCGCGAAGUCGAGGCCGCCCUGACCUGCAACUCGGAGCACACCAAGCACGCCCUACAAGCGCUCUGCCCCGAAGGCACCCCUGGAUACGGCAACAUCACCGUCAUGCGCCACCCGGACCACAACGUCUUCGAAAACGCCGCCGACAUGACCUUCUACUGGGCCCACCACGAGAAGUUCAUCGUCAUCGAUUAUGAGAUGGCCUUUAUUGGCGGACUGGACCUCUGCUUUGGCCGCUGGGACGACAAUCAACAUGCGCUCUCCGACAUGCACCCGGAGGGCGUGACCAACGAGGUGUGGCCGGGCCAGGACUUCAAUAACAACCGCGUGCUGGAUUUCCAGAACGUCGACGACUGGAAGGCGAACGAGCUGAGCAAGGAAGAGGCCGGCCGCAUGCCCUGGCACGAUGUGGCGAUGGGGGUGAUCGGGCCGUGCGUGUAUGAUAUCGCCGAGCACUUUGUGCUCCGGUGGAACUUCGUCAAGCGCGACAAGUACAAGCGGGAUGAGCGGUUCGAGUGGAUCGAACUGCAGGGCCGCCAGAAGACGGACGAGGAUCUCGUCGGUGUGCAACGGCCCAAGCACCCCGUGGGAGGGUACACACUUCACCCGCUAAGCCCGCUGGAUUCCAAGCCGAUUGCCGACCGGGGUAGUGUCCACGCACAGAUUGUGCGGUCCAGCGCCGACUGGUCCAGCGGCAUUCUCACUGACCACUCGAUUCAGAAUGCGUACAGCGAGAUUAUCCGCAACGCGCAACACUACGUUUACAUCGAGAACCAAUUCUUCAUCACGGCCACGGGUGAUCAACAGCCGCCGAUCCGGAACACCAUCGGCCGCGCUAUGGUUGAUGCCGUGCUCCGGGCGGCCAAGGAAGACCGUAAGUUCCGCAUCAUCGUGCUUAUCCCCGCGAUCCCUGGGUUUGCGGGGGAUCUGCGUGACGACGCGGCCAUUGGGACCCGCGCGAUCAUGGACUACCAGUACAAGUCGAUCUGCCGGGGCGAGCACAGCAUUUUCGGGCAGAUUCGGAAGGAAGGGGUUGACCCGACCAAGUACAUCUUUUUCUUCAACCUGCGGAGCUACGACCGGUUGAACAAGACGUCGACCGUCAAGAAGAAGGAGGAGGAAGCGGGCGUUAAGUACCGCGACGUGCAACGGGCGCACGCCGAGGAGGUCAUGGGCGAUGGUGGGCCGAGCUCGCAGCACAAUGGGCAGAAGGAGGAGGAGACAAAACCGAGCGGGAAACCGGUUCGCGGUGCUCACGGAGAGCUACAGGAGAACUUGGACGACGAGCAUCGCCCGGAUAGUGAGCUGCGUGAGAUGGAUGCGCGACGCAAGUUUGAAGCUGCGGACGGCGAUGGCGACAACCGGGCUGACUCGGUAGCUACCGUCGCGCACCACGCCAUGGCCGACCAGACCCCGCUGGCCGAGAUCCCCUGGGAUGGCGAGGACGAAGACGAAGUCAACCACUGGAUCCAGGAGGAGCUGUACAUCCACGGCAAGCUGCUGCUUGUUGACGACCGCAUCGCCGUUUGCGGCUCGAGUAACCUUAACGACCGCAGCCAGCUGGGCUACCACGAUAGCGAACUCAGUAUUGUCAUGGAGGACACACGGCGGUUCCCCAGCACCAUGGAUGGGAAGCCGUUUGAGGCUGGGUGGCAUGCGGCCACGCUGCGGCGGUAUUUGUGGCGUGAACACUUGGGUUUGCUGCCGCCGCAGUCGCUGGAUGCGGGCGAUGACCCGAAUGCUCAGCCACCGGGGGAUGGCUCGCCGAAUGAUGUGCGGGAUAAGGAUGAGAAAUCGUGGAAGUUUGUGGAGGACCCGCUGGGCGAUGAAUUGUGGGAUAUGUGGACGGGUCGGGCGGAUAAGAAUACUGAGGUGUUCCGGCAGCUGUUCCAUGCUGACCCUGAUGAUCACGUCAAAACAUUCGACGACUACAACAACUUCAUGCCUGCCAAGGGCGUCAAGCCGGGUCACAUCUUUGACCGCAUGAUUCCACCGCAGGAAGUGCGCCAGAAGCUGGAGAAGAUCAAGGGCCACCUGGUGUGGAUGCCGCUGGAUUUUCUCAAAGAUGCGGAGAUGGCUGAAAAGGGGCUGCAGGUGAAUCAGUGGACAGAGAGUGUGUACACGUAG